AUGAUGUCAGAGACAGAUGUUCAAAUAGCAAGAAGUUUAGGAAAAGAAGCUAGUUUUAGUAAUUUACGCGUUGCAGAGAGCGCUGUUUGUGCAGUUGAGCCCGCGAGUUCGCAGCUACCACGUGAAAGCACUGAAAAGAAUCCAGUUUCAGACGAGGUGAUGCAUCAGCUAUCCACGUUUGACAGCGAAAGCGAUGAAUACGACUUAUCACCACCUCCAAAAAAAUCUAGGUCAAACCAGCAACAGCUUGUUGAGGAACAAAAGGAAUUGUUGCGAUUUCAAAGAUUAGUUCUCGAUAAAGAGUAUGCACUCUGCAGCAAACUGGACGCUCUUCUUGACAAAAUCAGCAUCAAGCUCGAAGUUGUUAACGCCGCCGGGACAAGCCAUCGUACAACUAGUAGUCGCACUUAUGAGGAAGCGCUUCAGCUAGGAGGUGAUCCCAAUAUCGAGGAGUCCGUCAUUUGA